GUUGGUCGCUGACUUUCAAGUUGAACAUGUCGAUCGUGUGUGAGAAGCUUCCGCAGUCGGAUCUUGUGUUGAAAUCCGGCUACAAAGGAGUUGAGGAUUUCGUGCUGGUGAAGAGAACUGAGCGCCCAAAGGACAUUCCAUUGGCUGAGAAAUGGUGCAUGGCGCCUUGCUACAUGCCAUCGUUGUAUGAAGAAAUUGCGCAGAGAAUUGAGAACUUCCAAGUGCGCCCGGACGAUGUGUGGGUCGUGACCUUUGCCAAGUGCGGCACAACGUGGACGCAAGAGAUGGUCUGGCAGCUGUGUAUGGACUUGGACUACGAGACGCCCAAGACAGUGAUCCUGCAGGACAGAUUUCCAUUCUUAGAAUUUGCCAGCGUCCUGCCGAAGGCUUUGAAUUUACGGGAUGAAAUUGCUAAAUUGGAAUCAAUGCCGUCGCCAAGGAUGAUAAAGACUCAUCUUCCAGCUCAUCUUCUGCCCAAGCAGAUCUGGAGUGUGAAACCGAAAAUAAUUUACGUGGCCAGAAAUGCUAAAGACACCGCUGUCUCCUUCUACCAUCACUACAGGAAUCUUCAUCGCUUUCCAGGGACUUUCGAUGACUUCAUGGAAGCAUUUCUGCAUGAUCAUGUUAUUUUCGCUCCCUAUCACAGUCACAUAGUUGAUUUCUGGCGGAUGAGGAACGAGGAGAACAUCCUCUUUCUCACGUUUGAGGACAUGAAGAAGGAUCAUCCAACGGUCAUUGAGAAAACUGCAGAGUUUCUCGGGAAAUCCUUGACUGAGGAUCAAAUUCUCGAGCUCGCUGAUCAUCUCAGUUUCUCGAAAUUCUCCAAAAACCCUUCCGUGAAUAUGGAGAAGCUUUUUCAGAAUUUUGAGACGGUAUUUGGCGAAAAGCAGCCCGAUAAGGAUUAUAAUUUCGUGAGGAAGGGCGCAGUGGCGGGAUUCCGAGAGGAAAUGACACCCGAACUCAUUGAAGCAUUCAACAAAUGGACAGAGAGUGAGGUGAAGAAGUGGACAUGCGACGAGGAACUGAGGAAAAUCUUCAUGCUCUCGGCGAAAUGAUUUGCGAGCAGUCAUCGUGAUGAGAGACUUUCUGUCUGAUAACACGCUGGCAGUGAAAGAUAAUUGAGCAAUUAGUAAUUCCAAAUGAUGCUCUAUUGACUCAAUGCUUAAGAUUAUAUCCGUGGAAAAAGGAAAUAAA